AGUUUACUCUGCGUUAAAUACCUAUCUUGACAGCCGCGUUGUACCUAUACAAGGAAAUUGGUUAAAAACCUACUUAUAUUAAAUACAAGGGAGAGAAAAUUUUAAAAACUGUAAUCAUGGAGUUGUUAAACCAAGAAGAAAUACAUUCGAUAGUCAAGCCUUUGGGUUCCCCUAAAGUUUUAAAUUGGUCAAUAGAAAAUUAUUCGGACAAAUUAAUCGGAUACUUAGGAGAUCAUCUCAGGCUGAAAAUUGAGAUUGAGUUUGAAGGUUUCAAGUCGGAACUGAAGUUGUUCGUCAAGUGUAUGCCACGGUUCAACGAGUGGAAAGCAAACUAUUUAAAAGAAUUAACCUUCUUUAAAAAGGAGUACAUAAUGCUGAGCAGUCUUUUCAAACAAUUUGAUUCAAAACAAGGAACAGGAAAGUGGUGCCCGAAAUUACUGUUCGUAAGAGAAGACUUAUUCGUCUUCGAAGACGUAGCGCAACUUGGAUACAAAAUGCCGUGCCACUUGGACACAUUAUGUUACGACGAAGUAAUGGCCGCAGUAGAGGCCGUGGCCAGGUUUCAUGCACAAUCCUUCAUUUAUGAAGAAAGGAAAUCUAAGGAACAGAACAGGUCCUAUAGGAUUUGGGAGGAUUACAGUGAAUAUUUGAAAGAACCACCGCAAGGACAGGUUUGGCGAGAUGUUGGACGAAAUGCCGUCAUCGAUUACCUUAAAGUAUAUUCCGCUCACAAGCCGAACUUCUUCAAAUGUUUAGAAAUUGUUAUACCCAUGCUGUUUGACGGCGCCAUUGCUCUUAUGACGCCCAGUUCUGUAUACAGAAAUGUCGUGGUUCAUAGAGAUCUGUGGUCAAACAAUAUUUUCUUUAAAAAUCAGGAUGGAAACUUUCACGCUCUUAUAGUAGAUUUCCAAACGGUCCUAUACGCAUCUCCGAUGCUUGAUUUAUCUUCUAUGUUGUUCUUUAAUACUACGAGAUCUUUCAGGACUGAAUAUAUUAGUGAAAUUUUAGACCACUAUUACAAUACUGUAUCACAUGAAUUAAAAUCUGAAGGGAUUGAUAUUGAGGGGAUUCUUCAAAAGGCAAAUUUAGAGAAAGCGUACGAAGAAAGCAUUAUUUUUGGAAUAACUCAAGCGGCCAUUAUAGUACCUAUAAUUGCCAUGCAAGUUGAGAAAAGAGAAGAAUUGUUCGCAAAUCCAGAGAAAUGUGAGCAAAUAAAUGUUGUAUCUCGAAGUGCUGAGUUUAUUGAGAUUGGUAAAGAAGACAGCAAAUAUCACGCAAGAGUCAUUGAACUGUUUGACGAAAUGGUGGAGAGAUAUGUUUUUCCUCAAAUUGUUAAAUAAAUAACAUCGUUAGAAGAAUGGAAAAGUACAGACACCGUGCAAUUUUAUUCUUUAUCAUUUAUGAUAAGUUAGUUGUUAGCUGUAAACCUAUUAAUUAAACAAUGUACAUCCCUACAACAUCUUAUUAGUUAGGUACUAGGAAUUAUAUUUUAUAAAUAUUUGUUGAUGUAGAUAGAACGUCAAAUACUUAAUA